CCCGACUCCGCCGCCCCACCGCGCUUGGGUGCAGCCGCCCGGGCCAGCGGCGCGAGGCCGUAACCGUGCUGGAGCUGGCCGGCUUCCUUGGGCCUGGGCCCUGAGAGAGGACCCGGUGACGGGAGUGGUGGAGUGAGAUAACGCUGGGAUUACAGGCCUGCUUUGCUCCAAAGAUGUUCCCCCAAAACCGUCCCCCGGCUCAUCUCCAGGCACCCGCAGUGGCUUCGGCAGCUGCCGGCACAGUUUCCACAACCCCUCAGUCCCUGAAACUGACCUACCCAGAGACCUUGGACCGGAUCAAGGAGGAAUUCCAGUUCCUGCAAAACCAAUACCACAGCUUGAAGUUAGAAUGUGAAAAACUGGCAACAGAAAAAACAGAAAUCCAGCGACAUUAUGUCAUGUACUAUGAAAUGUCCUACGGCCUGAACAUCGAAAUGCACAAACAGACAGAGAUCGCCAAGCGGCUCAACGUCAUCUGUGCCCAGCUCAUCCCAUUCCUGUCCCAAGAGCAUCAGCAGCAAGUGGUCCAGGCAGUGGAGCGAGCCAAGCAGGUGACUAUGGCAGAGUUGAACGCGGCAAUCGGGCAUCAGCUCCAGGCGCAGCACCUGUCCCACCACGCCCCUCCCAUCCCGCUGACCUCUCACCCCUCCAGCAUGCAGCCCGCCAGCAUCGGUGCAGCCUCUGGGCUGCUGGCUCUGUCCGGGGCCCUGGGAGCUCAGGGCCAGCUGCUCCCGAAGGACAACAGGGGACUUCACGACAGCGAGCACAGAGAGCGAGACCUGGGUCCCAGCUCCCUGGCGCUGCCCAACGGGGAGCGGGUGCGAGCCAUCUCGGAGUACCUGAGCAACAGCAAGAAGAGGAAGGCCGAGGAGAAGGACUUCGUCACGGACUACGGCAGCGAUGCGGAAAAAAGCGAGGACAACCUGGUGGUGGAUGAGGACCCCUCCUCCCCGCACAGUGUCCACUCGUACUCCUCCCGUGAGAACGGGGUGGACAAGGUCCCGCUGCAGCGGAAGGAGGCUGUGCCACUCAGUCCUACCUCCAUGGCCUCGUCCAGCAGCACCUCCCCAUCCCGGAGCAAGGACCAGCCCACAGUGGAGAAAGCUGCAACUCCCGGUUUGAAGUCCAGCACCCCGACUUCCCAAGGAGACGCCACGGUGCCAGGCUCCAGCAGCAGCAGUGCCACCCAGCAGUUUCGCCCAGGGGCAGCAAAGGCCUCAGUGGAUUCGUUAGCUCUGGGCCUGAGGAAUCCACUGGCCAUGCAGAGCUCCUACCCGGCUGCCUUCGGCAUGGCGCACCCCUCCGUCAAUGGCGACAUGGCCGGGGCUGGGGCCUACGCAGGGCUGCACCUGGUGUCCUCUCAGCUCAACGGGGCAGCAGCGGCUGUGGGAGCCGCCAGCUACGGCCGCUCCCCUCUGGUCGGCUACGACCCGCACUGCCACAUGCGUGUCCCGGGGCUGUCGGCCGGCAUGCAGGCAGGGACCUCAGGCAAACCCGCCUAUUCCUUCCACGUGAGCGCCGACGGGCAGAUGCAGCCGGUCCCCUUCCCUCCCGACGCCCUCGUUGGCACCAGCAUCCCCCGGCAUGCCCGCCAGCUCCACACCCUGACCCACGGCGAGGUGGUCUGUGCCGUCACCAUCAGCAACUCCACCCGGCACGUCUACACGGGGGGCAAGGGCUGCGUGAAGGUAUGGGACGUGGGGCAGCCUGGGACCAAGACGGCUGUGGCGCAGCUGGACUGCCUGAACCGCGACAACUACAUCCGCUCCUGCAAGCUCCUCCCAGACGGGCGCAGCCUCAUUGUGGGCGGGGAGGCCAGCACCUUGUCCAUCUGGGACCUGGCCGCUCCCACCCCCCGCAUCAAGGCGGAGCUGACCUCCUCGGCGCCCGCCUGCUAUGCCCUGGCCAUCAGCCCCGACGCCAAGGUCUGCUUCUCCUGCUGCAGCGACGGCAACAUCGUAGUGUGGGACCUGCAGAACCAGACUCUGGUCAGGCAGUUCCAGGGCCACACGGACGGCGCCAGCUGCAUCGAUAUUUCCAACGACGGCACCAAGCUGUGGACAGGGGGACUGGAUAACACGGUGCGGUGCUGGGACCUGCGGGAGGGGCGCCAGCUGCAGCAGCACGAUUUCAGCUCCCAGAUCUUCUCGCUGGGUUACUGUCCCUCGGGGGAGUGGCUGGCCGUUGGCAUGGAGAGCAGCAACGUGGAGAUCCUGCACGUGGCCAAACCGGACAAGUACCAGCUCCACCUCCACGAAAGCUGCGUCCUCUCCCUCAAAUUCGCCUCCUGUGGUAAAUGGUUUGUGAGCACAGGGAAGGACAAUCUGCUGAACGCCUGGAGGACGCCCUAUGGAGCCAGCAUCUUCCAGUCGAAGGAAUCCUCCUCGGUCCUGAGCUGCGACAUCUCCACCGAUGACCAGUUUAUCGUGACUGGUUCGGGAGACAAGAAGGCCACGGUUUACGAAGUCAUUUACUGAAAGGUGGCUGGACGGGGGGGGAACAGGCCGGGCGUCCAUGCCAGCUGGCCCCUCUGCCCCAUGGACAAACAUCCACAGCAGUGACUUUCCAAAGAACCCCUGGAAGGGAGCGGGGAGGGGGGUGUGUCGUCGAAGCUGGAGAGAAGAGCGAAGUGGGGGACCCGUGGAGUUCCAGUGAGGAAAUCAUCACUCUCGGCCCGAAGGGACAGCGUCUGCCUAGAUCUAACUUCCUGGGCGUUCUUAUUCUUUUGGGUUUUUGAUCUGAACACUGGGGGACACUUUUUUUUUUUUUUUUUUUUUUUUUUUCCUUUUCUCCUCUUUUUAAUGCUCCAGGCUGAGCUGGGAAGGAGGCGGCCACUCCACCUCUGGCUGUCUGGCUUCUGGGCUGUAUUUAAUAAAAAAACCAAACACCU